GAGUUGGGCUAGGUGACCUUUAAAGGGCCAUUCUAACUCAAACGAUUCUGUGAUUCUAUGAAAAUCCCCAAAUAGUGUCACAGUAUCUGUGCUGCCACAGUUAGAAAAUUUGCUUCUUUGUAGCCCUGUAAGCCACUUUGCUCUUGGAAUUAGUUUAUUGAUUUUAGAGGCAGAGCAGUUUGCACAUACCUGCUGACACUUCAUGAGUGUCACUUGCAGCUUGCUGAACAAAUGGCUUUGUGCUGGACAGUCUCAUUUGUGCUUGUGUUAAUGAACUGUGGAUAAUAGUGACCUACUGGGAGGUUGUCACAAGAUCCUUGAAUCUUAGUACAGACCUUAAGCACAAAUUAAAAACUUUGGGGGCUAAGUUUCCACGAAGUUACUUCAAAUUAAAAAAAUUGCUUUCAAUGCAUGGUUUCAUCAACGCUCAGGCAAUCAGGCUAGGAAAAGAGAAGGCAAAAAGAAGAGAGAAACUUAACACAUGAACAGUGAGGAACCUAAGGAUGCAUGCUUUCGUAUCUGGAAAACCAGAUUCAGUUUUGUGCCUCCUUGGCAGUAUUUUUAUGGGGAGGGAGAGGUAGCUUUAAAGUGGUAGGCUGAGCCAAGAGGGAGUCAGCUAGGAGUAAGGUGAAAAGUCAGAGUCUUUCGUAAUGUCUAUAUUUAUGCCAAAUGUAAUAGAGGAGCAUUUACAGGAAACCCAACUCUAGGUCGGGUAUGUUUACAGUGUGGAGAGAUAAUAUAUGAUGUCAGAACAGAGAGAAAGGUGGGGCAAAGAGAGGGUUUUUUUUUGGUUAUUGUUAUUUAAAUGAGAAAGAUAUAGUGGUUCAUUGUUUUCUGACAGUAAUGUUAACGGUGUCUGGAGAGGAUGAAUCAUCUUCUUGUUCUGUCAGUCACUUGAACAUGAGAAGAUAAGAGCCAGCAUAUGGUGCCUUUGAUUCAUGAGCAUUCAGAGCUGCAGGUGUGCAUUUUGACAUCAGUCUGUGGUGUGUUAGUGCAACACUGAUCAUCAAAGUGGCUGUGUUGCUGGGGAGCCUCAGUGACCCGUCUUGCUUAUAAAGAGAACAUAUACUGCUCAUCGCUGGGAGAGGACUACUUGUUUUUCUAAGUGAAGACACAGAAAAAUAAUUUGAAGUUCUGGUGAUCCAUCAUGGGAAACCAUGUAGGAAAACGAGAACAUAGCGCUGACAAGUCAGCCAAGAAUGCUGAAACCAAGGUGGAGGAAGUGGCUAAGGAGAGUCCGAAAGCAGCAAGACUAACACAGCAGUCUUCAGAGGACAACGAAGUAUUUGGAGAGGCAGAUGUGAACCAGAACAAUGGGACCUCCACGAAGAGCCCAGCGGUGACAGACUCCAAAGGCACAGCGGACCCGAAGAAUGCCUGGCCCCAGUCCCACCCAGCUGACACGGCCGGUCGCCCCCACUUGAUCCGCCUCUUUUCCCGAGAUGCCCCAGGGAGAGAAGACAACACCUUCAAAGAUCGGCCCUCAGAGUCAGACGAGCUACAGACCAUCCAAGAGGACAGUGCAGCAGCUUCAGAGAAUUCGGAUUUGAUGGCUUCACAAAAACGCUCCUCUUUCCGGCACGGAUCAAAAAUGGCAUCGGCAAGCACUACAGACCAUGCUCGACAUGGAUCUCCAAGGCACAGAGACUCGGGUCUACUUGACUCGCUGGGCAGAUUCUUUGGAGGUGACAGACACGUUCCCCGGCGGGGCUUCGGCAAGGAUAUACACGCAGCCAGGGCCAGCCAUGUAGGCUCCAUCCCCCAGAGAUCUCAGCACGGCCGGCCUGGUGAUGACAACCCUGUAGUCCACUUCUUCAAGAACAUUGUCUCACCCCGUACUCCUCCUCCAAUGCAAGCGAAGGGAAGAGGACUGUCCCUCACCAGAUUUAGCUGGGGUGGUGAAGGACACAAGCCGGGAUACGGAAGUGGAAAAUUCUAUGAGCACAAAUCUGCUCACAAGGGACAUAAGGGAUCCUAUCACGAGGGCCAGGGCACUCUUUCCAAAAUCUUUAAACUGGGAGGCUCUGGCUCCCGGCCUGGAUCACGGUCUGGCUCACCAGUUGCGAGGCGCUGAAGCUCUACGAUGCCAUUCAAGGAUCACGCACUCUGCUUCAUAAUCUAACUGCCUUAAAAUUAAUAACAACUGCAAGAAUUACCUAGCUAGAUGCAGUCCAUUACUUAGUGCCAAUUAGGUUCUGCAUGCAGUAGAUGAUACAAACUUCUAUUGGCAAUCCCUGACCAACAGUUGAAUGAAAGGAACAAAUAAAGUAGCUUUACUAGCUGUUCUCCCUAUUUCACAUAGAGUAACAAGACGUAUGACUACUCAUUCUCCUUCAGGGUGCCCUAACUGUAUGCUGGACUUCAUUAUUUCUCCCAGGCUCCUAAUCUGAACUCCAGCCUUCUGCUUUCAUUUUAGUGAAGGUCAGAAUCGCAAAUAAAGAUUUAAUGUCUUGGAUACUGAGCACUGCCAUUAAUGAGCUUUUGAAACGCUGCUGUAAAAACAAACACAAAAUCCAUCGUGUGCAGAAGUUGUAAGGACUGUUUAUCCAAAUCUUUUUUUUUUUUUUUUUUGAUUUGGGACUUUGGUUUGGUUUCUGUUUUAAUCUUCCUUCUCUCACUCACAGAAUAAUUUAUUUUCAUAACAGGAUUAGGCAGUCACAGAAAGGUUCACCAAACAUUGCGAGUUCAAGGUAUGUGAAAUGUGGGAGGGGGCAGAUGUAGUAGAAUCAAUACGAUGCAGAGCAAUGGCAAUAAGGAAACGCUUUCCGCACCACAAAUUGCUCAGCGCAUCCAAACCAUUAGAAUUAAGAGUAGAUGAGGGAGAGAAAGAGGAUUUCAAAUUUGAGUUAGACUAAUGCUAAGAAACAAGGGAUAUUCCCAGCAAUGAAACAUCAGAUCGCACAUGUGACCACUGGACGUCACUGUUGCUCCACACAAACUGCUGCAACAGCAUAAACUUUGCAGCAAAGUAAGUAAUUAUAUAUAUACGUGAAUAAGUCUAAUUUCUGAAAGAGAGCCCUUCAGUACUGGUGUCUCAGAUAGUCCUGCACAUCUCAUGAGAGAACUUUAAACCUUGCUCUUGGUAUUGCAGCAGCAUUGUAUUUGGUUGGCUCUUCUUUUGACUGAGUAACACCUGAAUGCCUGUUAAGGGCAGCGCACCAAAGCAAACUCAUAGUAAACUACUGUGAACAUUUAACUGUUGUACUGUAGUUGCCUCAUAGAAAUGAGUUAUAACAGAGUUAGAUUUAGGUAUUAAUUGUUCACAGAUAACUAAAAUGAGUGUGUGGCAAUGGUAUUUCCAACCACACGUAGAGAAUACAAGGCUCUUCUGAAUUGCACUGUUUUAUUACUUAAACUCACCAUUCCUUCAAGCUCUUCUCUAAAUGUCUGAUUACUUACUUUCUUUUUUAGUUUUAGCCCGUGUUGUAGACUGAGGUUAACGCUUCCCAAGUUGAAACUGCAUCUGUGUCCAGUAGAAGUUACCUAUACACACGUGUGUUAACUCAUAUCUAAAUCUACUGUAGGUUUAUAUUCAGUGUCCAUUAAUACAAAGCAAGGGAAGAUGGAGAAUAGAAAAUAGAGACUAAGGAAAACAAAACCACCAAAAUUAUAUACACGUAUUACAUCUUCUGUUACCCAUGUUGUUUGCUAUGUGUAUUUUUCUAUUGUAGCUUCAUUCAGAUUUAUACUCAGCAACAUAAUAGUGGAUUUAAUUUGAAGACAUAUUGUUCUUAUAGGAACAAAGCUUUUAAAAUUUAUCAAAAUAAAGUAAUCGAUGUGUAAUGAAACCUGAACCGGUUUUGUCUUUUGUAACAUAGGCCGUGUACAAAAAAAUGCUCCUUUUUUCCUCCUGCUAUUUAUUCAGUGCUGAAGAUACUGGAAAAUGCCUUAGUUGCACUUUCAUAGGCUUCUUGUGACAUUGAUGGUGCCUGAGCACGGCCCACAAGGCUGAUGCUAUGACACAGGAUUCAUGGGACACCCAGGGGGACAUUGCCAGUAAAACAAAAAA